UCAAUUUAGGGCAGUCGACCCCAAAUUUGACGAUUCAAUUUGUGUGCUCGUGACAUUGUUUUGUAUGGAGAAGAUGAAGGAGGUUGAGCCCAGUUUAGAGGUGUUCUUUGAGGAGAAGCAGAGGAAGAAGAACCCUUUGGUACCGUUUGGGGCCUUUUUGACUGCUGGUGUGCUCACCGCUGGCUUAAUCAGUUUCAGGCAAGGUAAUUCGCAGUUAGGCCAGAAGCUGAUGAGAGCUCGUGUGGUUGUGCAAGGUGCCACAGUAGCGCUUAUGGUUGGCACUGCAUACUACUAUGGGGAGAAUCCAUGGAAGAAAAAUUAAGCUGACAAUUUCUUAAUUUUGUUAUAGUUCAAUUCCUUUCAGGCUCUUACAAGUUGCCAAAUACAAUGUUGUUUCAUUCUUUAUGAAGCAAAAUUUGGUAGUACUAGAAGUCUAGAAUCAAUUGUGUAACAUUCUGAAAAGUGGAUCCUCAUAGCGGGUGCUAAAUAUAUAAAUAACGUCUUUGCGUUUUAAAUAAAACCUGGCUCAGGACCAUUGUUUAAGGCAACUCAACCCUCAUGAUCCUCAAAUUUGGGUUUUUGUGGUUCAAAA